AUGUAUUAUUCCAUGCCAGGCGGACAGUGGGAAGGAGGGAGCAGCUGCGUGCCCAGAGCCCACAGCGUAGCGAAGACUGGUGAUGCUGAGCUGACGUUCGAGAGCUUCACGCUGGGCCGCUUCGUGUCGUUCACGGCGGACGGCUGCCCGGACGGCGCGCUGCACAUCUCCGAGUCGGAGCGGCCGCGCGGCGGCGGCGAGUGGUGCGGCGCGUCCUGGGGCUCCGCCGUCUACGUGAGCGAGACGCGCUCCGUGUCGCUGGUGCUGCGCGUGCUGCGGCUGGCGCGCGCCGGCCAGGGCUCGGGCGCCGCCGGACACGGCUUCGACUUCCGGCUCGCCUACAAGACGCUGCCCAGGGCCGCCGCCGUCGUGCGCUACGGUCCGGGCCGGCACAACGAGAGCGAGGGCGGCGCCGGCGAGCAGGAGGCGGGCUUCCACCUGGGCGAGCUGAUGGCGGGCACGUCGUGCUCGCGGCUCUUCAGCGAGUGCUCGCGGCGGCCGUGCCGGCUGCAGUCGCCCAACUGGCCGGGCGUGUACCCGCGCAACGCCACCUGCUACUACGCCGUGCGCCAGCACGAGGCGCCGCCGGGCCAGCACGCGCUCAUCGCCGUGCGGCAGCCGCGCGGCCAGCUCGUCGCCAUCCGCAGCAGCCACCUCAUCUAUGCUGCUACAAACGUCGCGGGUAAUCAGGGAAGGAAGCGAGUGUGGUCGGAGUGCGACGAGGUGCAGGACUACGUGACGGUGUACGACGGCUACACGACGCGCGACCCGGUGCUGCUGCGCUUCUGCGGGGGCGGCGAGCCGGUGCCCGAGGCGGUGAGCAGCGGGCCGGAGCUGCUGGUGCAGUUCUCCACCGCGCCCUACGGCACCUUCCUGCAGCAGCCGCCGCCGCCGCUGCCGCUGCACGGAUUCCAGCUAGACGUGCAGGUGCGGUACGUGCCGCAGCAGUCGUGGACGUACGUGCGCAACAAGCGGUGCGAGUUCUCGGUGGAAGGCCCGCCGUGGCGCGGCUGGCUGGAGGCGCCCCGGCACUCGCUGCCGCGCGGCGCCACCUGCCGCUACGCGGUGCGCGCGCCGCCCGGCCGGCGCGUCUGGCUGGCGCUGCUCAAGUUCCACGCGGGCGGCGACCCGCCGCAGGACUGCGACGCCGCCAGCCUCGCGCUCUUCGACGGCGAGCUGCCGCCCGCGCCGCACGCCCUCUGCCUCGCCGUCGACCGCCAGUGCGAGCAAGACAAGAAGGAUAAGGUGCGUUUCCCGGCAGGAGGAGGCGGCGCUGCCCCUGCGGCCAACGGCAACGGCAACGGCAACGGCAACGGCACGCUGCUGGCGCGCUUCUGCCGCGACGUGUCGCCGCGCUCGUGUGAGCACGCGCUGCUGCGCGCCAACGCCUCCAGGCCCUGCUCGCCCACCGAGAGCUUCCUCUCAGCCGGCCCCGUGCUCACCCUGCAGAUGCACGUACGCGAGGCCACCGCGCUCAGGCCGGUGGAGUUCGUGGCUCAGUACGAGUUCGUGGACGUCCGAGAGGCCGGUGAGCCGCUGGCGGGACCGCGCCGGCCUUGCGCGCGGCAGUUCUCCGCCUCGCCGCAAGAUGGCCUGCAGGAGCUCUCCACGCCGCCCAACGUCUUCCUCUACGGUCGCGGCGGCGCGCACAACAUCAGCUGCACGUACCGGCUGUCGGCGUCGCUGCGCUUCCGCGUCACCGCCAUGAACGCCACCGAGGACUUCUCGCACAUCGGCUUCCACGCCACGUGGCGCGCCGUCGCCGCCGAGCCCUGCGCCGAGAACCGACGCCUCUCCGGCCCCAGCGGGGAGAUUCGUCUGCGCUCCCCGGAGAAGGAGUUCUGUGACGGCCAGCCGUGGCUGAUCGAGCCCGGCGUGGGCCGCUACCUGUACGUGAAGAUCCGCGGCAUCGCGCUCAACGAGACGGACGGCGAGGGCGAGCUGGGCGGCGCCGCCCACGAGCCACUCGUCGUGUGCCCGUCGCCGGCACGCCACGACCGCCGCCACCGGCUCGUCGAGCUCUUCUCGGAGGGCUGGCUGCCGCACGACGCCGCCGCCCUGCGCGCCGUCGAGCCCGGCGCCUACUCGCUCACCUGGCUCGAGCUCGCGCGGAGGCGCAGCGUGCACCCGCCGGAGAACUUCGUGCAGGACGACUGCCCGCACCGCUGCCCGGAGCUGGACGCCUGCAUCAACGCGUCGCUGUGGUGCGACGGCGUGGCGCACUGCCCGUCGGGCGCGGACGAGCGGCUGUCGGAGUGCUGGGCGCGGCUGGUGCCUCUGCCGUGGGCCGCGGCGGCGCUGGCGUUCUGCGGGCUACGUCGAGGUGGACCGCGUCACCACCGUCUGAGUGACGCGCUGUCCGCCCCGCGCCGCCGCGCCGCGCCCGCCCGACGCCUUCCGACGGCCGCGCUGAAGCUCUGA